GAGCCAGCAAGCAAACGCCUCUUGUACGCCUGGCAGGGAACUGCUGGCCGGGGCAACAGGAGCCGUCGGUUCGACUCCCCCGUCAGGCACUCUGGGUCAGAAGAUCGAGACUGGGGUACAGUCCCGGCUCUUCUUGCCUCGGGAGGGGACCCUCUGCCGUUCUCUCCUGGCCAAUGUGGUGAGGGUUGGGACGCCCACCGCAGCUGCCCGGAUGCCGCAGGAGGUGGGGGGAUGCAGCGGCUUGGGCCGGGCCGGGAUCCUGGCGACGUUCCACACCUCCUCUCCCACGGCCAUGAAGGACUAUGCCGAGAUCAUCCUCUACCCCGACAUGCGGGAUCGGAGCAAGGAAAAUGCCGGCUCUCCUCCUCUGACCCUGCCACGCUUCUUGCUGACUGAGUUCUCCAACCCUGUCUUCGAGGUGGAAGGAGAGGUCCCGUCCCCGAAUCGCCCAGACGGGGAAGACAGAACCAGCGUGAAGCUCGCCGCCAACGGCUUUGGUAUCAACCUGGGGGGAGAAGAUGAUACGGAGAGGGUAGUUGAGGCACUGGUUGUGCUCCUCUGGGUCCGGGAUGUGACCAGCAGGAAGUUCAAGCCAGACUGCAAAUUCUCCUGGUUCUGCGUGGCUAUCCUCAGUAUGGUACUCAUGGUGCUGCUGGGCUUACUGGUGGGCAUCAUCGUCCUCUCCACAGAGCUGAAAUCCUCUCACCUGGCCAGACUCUCACCUGGGGCAUCAUCUUACGCUCACACCGUCUCCAACGCUACCUCAGCUCCCCCCGCCAAGUCCCCCCUUGAGUCCACAGCCGCAUCGUCCCAAGGAGACCCACCCCAAGCCAUGACCUCGACACCUUCCGUUUCGCUCGUGUCUCCUCUUGGUUGUGCACCCCUUUCAUCUAUUGCCGGGUCCAUCAACUGUUUCUUUGUGUCUCCCCUUGCAGCGUGUGGGGGGAUCCUGCAUGGCCCCGAGGGCUCCUUCAGCUCCCCCAACUACCCAGCCCCCUACCCCCCCAACAUCCUGUGCACGUGGCAUAUCCGGGGGACGCAGGGGACCGUGAUCCAGCUGCAAGUGGAGACGUUAGACAUCGAAAACUCCAUCUCCUGCUUAUAUGACCGGCUGGAGAUAUACAGCAAGCAGGAUCCUGCCUCUUUAUCGGACGGGACUUCCAGGUUCUGUGGCCAAGAGGCCCCUGCCACCAUCAACACCAACUCUAGCUGGAUGCAAGUCACCUUUGUCUCCUACGGGAUCACAACCUCCUCAGGCUUCACUGCCCAGUAUCGAGCGAUUGCACCGAGUGAAAAGAACUGUUCCUGGGGCGAGUUUCUCUGUGACGGCGGACUCUGCCUCCUCCAGGCCUCCGUGUGCGACGGCCUCUACCACUGCAUCGACAAGAGUGACGAAGCCAACUGCAGCACCAAGCACCACGAAUGUGGGGGGACCCUGACUAGCUUGGAAGGCCAGUUCUUCAGUCCCAAUCACCCCCACCAGUACCCGAACCUGCAGCUCUGCCACUGGCACAUCUCGGUGCCCGUGGGCCACGUGAUCGACCUGCAGUUCCACAACUUCAGCCUGGAGCCGCAGAAGGAUUGCAUCUUUGACUUUGUGGAAGUGUUCGACAGCGCGGGGAUGGGGCGAGGCAGCGUCAUGGGCAGGUUCUGCGGCUCAGAAAUACCACUGGUUCUGACCUCCUCGCAACACGUCAUGACGGUCCUGUUUGUGACAGAUGAGGGAAUGGCGGACGACGGCUUCUUUGCCACCUACCGGGCCCACAAUGCCACGGAAAAAACGUGCAGUCCCUCUGAGUUCACCUGCAGAAAUGGCGAAUGCCAGGCACUGGAGCUGGUGUGUGAUGGCUGGCACGACUGCCCGGACGGAAGCGACGAAUACAACUGCACUGACAUCGCCUACCCAUCCAUUGAGUCCACCUGCGAGCCUAUCGUGAUAGAGAUGUGCCUGGACCUCAGCUACAACGCCACCUCCUUCCCCAACAUCUGGCUGACCAUCGCAGACCAGGAAGGGGCUGCUGAAGUGCUCCAGGACUACCAGGGCCUCGCUUGCUACCCGUACCUGCGCGCCUUGAUCUGCAGCCUCUUUGUGCCCAAAUGCACCCCUGACGGGGGCAUCCUCCAGCUGUGCCGCUCCGUCUGCCUGGAAGCCGAACGGCACUGCCAGCGAUCCCUCAGCCUGCUGGGCAUUCCGUGGCCUCUGAACUGCAACAUCCUGCCCGAUUCCGACGACCCCUUGGAGUGCUUCACCCCCUGA